UUAUCCUUCGAGGAAGUACAAGAGGGGUCCAUGAUGUCGCUUUCGAAGUCUGGACCCUCUUCUCUCUCCAGCAGUGCUCACUUUCUCGAUAGCGUCUCAUCCUCUCCAUCUCUACACUCCAAAUCCUCAGGCUGAACUGGUUUCACCCUAGAAAAAUUUCCUCACUCCAGACAAAAUUUUCAAAUAGAGCAGUGCUCGUCUAUCCAAACACUCAUCAUCACACAAUCUGUAGCAGGUCUCAGAUCCACAACAUGAAGCUUCAAUUCGCAAUCAUCCUUGCCGGACUUCUGUCCCUGUCCGUAGCACAGGCUGCUCCUUGGUCUGAAGAAUCGCCUAACGAACCCAUUGGCCUCGGUGCUGGCUCUUCUCGCGGCUUCACCCAAAGCAAGAGGGCAAUUCCCACUGUUAUGCGACCUACCCCUUCCCAAGACCCGCAGGAGCGGCUCAACGACCCCAUUCACCUCAUGAAGCGCCGAGCGAUCCCUUUCGGCGAGCGAGGAAUCAAGAUCGAUGAUCCUACCACACAGUACAUCACGCCAGCCCAGUACAGGCGGGGAGACGACGAGAUCCGACUCAUGGGAGACUACCAGAGCACAGUCGGUUCCAAGCCCCCCGCUUCCGGGAUCGGGCUACCUCCCCGUACUGGCAAGCCUCCUGGAGGCGGUGCGGGUCGCUCAUUCAAGCGAGACAUCGCCAACGAAGACUACGCGUCGCUCAGAGACGACUACCAGAGCCAGACCGGCGGUAACCCUGGUCCGGGUCACUGGCUUCCCCCUCCUGAUCCCAAGGCUAGGUCGGGCGGUGGAGUGCGCUCGGGCAAACGAGACCUGACGGAUGAAGAUCUGGAAGACUACGCCUGGCUCAGGGAAGACUACCAGAGCAAAGCCAACGAGCCUAAGCAGGGCGGUUCCCCGGGUCAUUGGCUACCUGGAUCUACUGGCAAGCCUCCUGGCUGUACUUCAUGCCGCACAGGCAAGCGUGACCUGACCGAAGAAGACGCAGCUGAUGAUGUCUGGCUGAGGUCCGACGACAGGCGCAGUUCAUCAGAGCCCCGCAGCUUGCUGCCUCCCCCUACUGGCAUGCGCCCGGUACGCGACAGAGCUCGCAUGGGCAGGCGAGACCUAGUAGACAUGCAAGUCGCAAGCGACUACGUCUUGUCUAGAGAUCUUGUUCAGAAGCCCCCCAGUGGUGUCUCCAACCCUGGCGGUGGCCCAGACCAGGGAGCAGUUGAGAACCCCGGCGGCAGGCGAGGGCUGAACGAUGCGGAUUCUGCUGGUGGAUCUAUCCUCUCCAGGGACACUACGGGCAACAAGCCCUUUGGUGCCGUCCCUCGUGCCCCGGUCGACAGGGGUGGUGAGGCUUGGCAAGACAUCGGCCCUACGAACCCUGUGAAUCCCGGACACCCUUGAGCUCAUCGCCGAGCCGAGCUGAGGUAUCCUGCGCGAGCAGAUCGGCGAUCCUUGAAACUCCUCGGUGACGACCCACAUAUAUACUUCCCUUUUCGACCCCCUCCCGACGCAACGGGCCCGGUUGCUCCACCUUAGUGGAAUAGAUGCAUGACGAUUUGCUGACAGACUGGCUGAUCUCCGUGAUCUUCUUGACGCUUGCUGCCAGCCAUGAAAAAUGGUUGAGGUGGGCAGGCCACUGCCAGACCUCUAUCAAGUCACCAUGUUGCUGU